AUGCUUCCCAUCAGAAGAAGCGUGGCUCUCCACGCCAAGAGAGGCUGCCGUAGCAUUCUCCAGCGACAGCUCGUCUCCUCGUCGCGAACGUUCCGUCCCAGCUUGUACACGACCUCGGCUCGCCUCCGUCAGGAUGCCCUCCGUUCCCAAAUCGAGACCGGCCCUACCGCGACUGACUUCCUCGUUUCCAAGCCCGUCUCCAGAAUCGACAACCCGCAGACCAUGACCGAGAAGAUUGUUCAGCGAUACGCAGUCGGCCUCGCCGACGGCAAGAAGGUGCGGGCGGGCGACUAUGUCACAAUCAAGCCUGCGGCUUGCAUGUCUCACGACAACAGCUUUCCCAUAUCGAAGAAGUUUAUGGGGCUCGGCGCUGACAAGGUCUAUGACCCGCGCCAAAUCGUCAUGACUAUGGACCACGACGUCCAAAACCGCAGCGAGGCCAAUCUGAAAAAGUACAGACUCAUUCAGGAGUUUGCCAAGAAGCAUGACGUGGACGUUUAUCCCCCAGGCCACGGCAUCGGCCAUCAAAUUAUGAUCGAGGAGGGCUACGCUUGGCCAGCCUCUAUCUGGGCCACGGGAAGGACUUGGUGGCAAGUCCCUCCCGUUGCGCGCAUCCAUUUCCGCGGUACCCUGCCUCCUGGAGUCACUGCCAAGGAUGUCAUCGUUGCUCUGUGUGGCCUAUUCAACAAGGACGAGGUGUUGAACCAUGCCAUUGAAUUCACCGGUUCCGAAGAGACCAUGCGAAGCCUCUCUAUUGACGAGAGACUGACCAUCUCCAACAUGUCUACCGAGCAUGGCGCUUUGUCGGCGAUUUUCCCCAUCGAUUCGACACUCAAAGCCUGGCUGAGGUCCAAGGCAACAUUCGCGGCCAUGAUGAGCCCGGACGGCAAGGCGCACAGCCGCUGGAGUCACGAACGCAUCGACAGCCUCUUCGAGAAUCCUCUCACCUCUGACCCCGGCGCGACGUACGCCAAGACGCUGUACAUGGACCUUUCUACAUUGUCCCCCUUUGUCGCCGGACCCAACUCGGUCAAGGUUGCGACGCCUCUCAAGGACCUCGAGGCCCAGGACAUCAAGGUUGACAGGGCCUAUCUCGUUUCGUGUACGAACUCUCGCGCUUCCGACAUCGCAGCUGCGGCCCGCGUCUUUCGCGAGGCCGCCAAGGACGGCAACCCCCCCAAAAUUGCGCCUGGUGUCAACUUCUACUUGGCUGCCGCGUCUAUGGUCGAGCAGCGAACUGCCGAGGAAGCCGGUGACUGGCAGGUGCUCCUCGAGGCUGGCGCAGAGCCUCUCCCCUCCGGAUGUGGACCCUGUAUCGGCCUCGGCAAAGGUCUUUUGGAGCCUGGUGAAGUUGGGAUUUCGGCAAGUAACAGGAAUUUCAAGGGCCGUAUGGGCUCCACGGAAGCCAAAGCUUAUCUGGCCAGCCCCGAGGUGGUUGCCGCUAGCGCCAUGCAAGGCAAGAUUGCGGGCCCCGGCUGGUACCAGAAGCCGGACGGGGUUGAUAAGGUUAUCAUCGGCGAAGGCGUGGGCGAUAUGACAGCCGAUAUCGCCACGUCCAUUGAGGAUGCUCUUGAGAAACUCAUUUCUCAGGCCGACGGCAUCAUUGCCGAGUCAGAGAAGGACUUCUUGGGUGCGUCCGCCGGAGAGGUCGCAGUCGCCGAGAGCGAAGAGAAGCUCACGGACGUCCUUCCCGGCUUCCCUGAGAAGAUUGAGGGUGAGAUUGUCUUCUGCGAUGCUGACAACCUCAACACUGACGGCAUCUACCCCGGCAAAUACACGUACCAGGAUGACGUGUCAGUCGAGAAGAUGGCCGAGGUAUGCAUGGAGAACUAUGACACCGCCUUCCGCGACAUCGCCAAGGCUGGCGACAUUCUCGUUUCCGGCUUCAACUUUGGUACGGGCAGCUCGCGUGAGCAAGCGGCGACGGCGAUCCUGGCCAAGAAGAUCCCGCUCGUGGUGGCGGGCAGCUUCGGCAACAUCUUCAGCCGCAACAGCAUCAACAACGCUCUCAUGGGCGUCGAGGUGCCCAAGCUCGUUCAACGCCUGCGCGAGACGUUCAAGGAGGAGGGCGACAAGAAGGUGCUGACGCGUCGCACCGGCUGGAAGCUGCUGUGGGACGUGCGGAGGAGCAAGGUCACGGUCACGGAGAAGGACGGCGAGACGUGGAACGUCAAGGUGGGCGAGCUGCCGCCCAAUGUGCAGGAGAUCAUCGCGCGCGGAGGCCUGGAGGAGUGGGUCAAGGCAGAGAUCAAGAAGUAA